AUGAUCACCUACGACAAGUACAACACGUUCGUGAUGAAUCCGCUUUUUGACAGCGGUUUGGCGUUAACGGAUGACGAGGAGAAUAGCUACUUUAUUGCUAGUGCACCCACACGAACGCUCCGGACUGCCUCGAGAGGAUCUGUGGCUUCAGACGACUGGAGCAGAAAUUAUCCGAUGCACCGAGCUGCUUAUGUUGGUGACGCGGCUGCCAUAGAAUCGCUACUGGCAUUGGGUGUCGAUGCGAAGGAAUCAGAUCGAGACUCAUGGACUCCACUCCAUUAUGCGGCUUUCUACGAACGACUAGAUGCAAUGAGAGCGCUGCUGAACAGUGGAAAUGCCAAUAACCCAUUCCUCCUCAACAAGCAGUACAAAGCUGAUAACGAUGUUUAUUGGUUAGAAAUGAAGAUGACAUAG